UCAAUUUUAUGGCCAAUAUCUUCAUUUUACUCGCCAUUUACUUAUUUCAAUGAGUGAAAAAUAUUCUUUUUCUCUUACUACAUUUAGCCCAUCAGGAAAAUUAGUCCAAAUAGAAUAUGCUUUAGCUGCUGUAGCUGCAGGAGCACCUUCAAUUGGGAUAAAAGCGAGAAAUGGAGUUGUAUUAGCUUCUGAAAAAAAAUUUAAAUCUAUUUUAUAUGAUGAAUCAAGUGUAAGAAAGGUUGAAUUAUUGUCAAGUAAUUGUGGAAUAACAUACAGUGGAUUAGGUCCUGAUUUUAGAUUGCUAGUCAAGGAGGGUAGGAAAGUGGCUCAACAAUACCAAUUAGUAUAUGGUGAAAGUGUUUCACCAAAUCAAUUGGUUCAAAAGAUUGCAGCUGUUGUUCAAAAUUAUACACAAUCUGGUGGUGUUAGACCAUUUGGGGUAUCUCUUCUGAUUGCUGGAUGGGAUAAUGAUCUAAACAAACCAUUUUUAUAUCAAUGUGAUCCAUCAGGUGCCUAUUUUGCCUGGAAAGCUACAGCAUUAGGAAAAAAUUGCAUAAAUGGUCGAACUUUUUUGGAGAAGCGAUAUAAUGAAGAUCUUGAAUUGGAAGAUGCUAUUCACACAGCAAUUUUAACAUUAAAAGAAAACUUUGAAGGACAAAUUACAGAGGCUAAUAUAGAAAUUGGUGUUUGUAGUAAAGAUGGAUUUAGAAGGCUUAAAAAUAGUGAAAUCAAAGAUUAUUUGGCAACUAUUUCUUGAAUGUAUAUAAUAUAAUAAAUAGUAUUUACAGUA